AUAAAAAGUUUCUUAAAUAAGUGUACGUGUGUAUGUGAUAUAAAACUAAGUAAAUAAAAAGGACAAGAUGACAAAGCAUUACAAAAAUCAACAAUGUGAAAGCGAAUAAAUGUGUAAAGUGUAAACCCGCUUGAGAUGGCUUGUCCAUUUUCUGAAUUUACGCAACUUCCCAGUGGUAAUAAUAAUGAUAACAAUCUGAAGAACGACAAAGACAAACAAAAAUGUGGAAUACUGUUAGAACAUCGUCAUCAUAAAAAGAAUGAAAAAUUGAAACCUUGUAGACAAUCUUCGGUUCAAAUUACUUCAUCAUUACUGGGGGAGGAUGUGGAGGAACAGGCAGAAACACAAACGCUGAAUCUUAAACACCUCAAAGCUGCAGUACUCAUGUUGACCAAUCCAUCGAAUGAUGUUAUGGCUGUAGCUUUAGAAGCACUUUUAAAGAAAAAUGAGGUACCACUUUCAACCUCGGCAUCACUAGAAAAAUUGCUCAUCAAUGUUGAGAUUGAGGAAAACUACAACCUCUUAGAGGACAUUUACGAAACACUUAACUAUGAUUGUGAAAUCGACCCAAAUGAUUUCCUCGAUAAACUUGGACAACAAGUUAUAGAUACCGCAUGUAUUGGCCUUUUGGAGCGUGCGUUUCGAUGCCUUGGAAAUGAUCUUACCGCUUUUCUUACGACUCUUGAUGGGGUUAAUGAUGUGGUUCAGCAUCAGUCUGGGACAGAUACUGAAGCUGAAUUCGUUUGUAUAGCUACAUCUACUGGCCUCGAGCUUCACUUCACAACUGAUCACCCGUCUAUAGCCUAUUUGCUGGUUGGUAGCCUUAAAGGCGUUGCCCGACAAUUUUAUAAAGACAAAGCUGAUGUGUAUAUACUUCCGGAUCCAUAUAAUACCAAAUUUUUUAGAUAUCGCAUAACUCCUGAAUAUUUUAAAAAUCAGACAAAUACAAGUACAGAUAUAGAAGGGAAGAUCCAUGAAAAACAACAAAUAGAUAACUCCUCUUAUUUUCCCUCAUUAUCUCAUAACGCAUCAGAUCUACGUAUCGGAGUAGCAAGUUUCUGCAAAGCUUUUCCCUGGCAUUUCGUUGUCGAUCGAAAUCUUGAAUUUGUGCAGCUGGGUGUGGGAUUCAUGCGCAUCUUUGGUGAUUAUUUAAAUAAAUACGGAAGUGAUAUAUCAACUUACUUUAUCUUUACAAGGCCCAGAGGCGUAACUUUAACUUUUCAUGAAAUCCUUAAAAGAUCAAACACGCCUUUUGUAUUGACACUACAGAAACCUGAGCAAGCCGAUGGUUUCCAAGCUGAGGGGCUCGAAUUCAAAGGACAAAUGGUUCACUGUUCAGAAUCGGACUCUAUUCUUUUUGUCAGUUCGCCAUUUUUAAAUGGUUUAGAAGGACUCACUGGUCGUGGUCUUUUUAUUUCGGAUAUUCCACUUCAUGAUGCAACCAGAGAUGUGAUCCUUGUCGGUGAACAAGCGAGAGCUCAAGAUGGCUUGCGUCGGCGCAUGGAUAAAUUAAAGAGUUCAAUUGAAGAAGCGAACCGAGCUGUCGAUGCUGAAAGAGAGAAAAACGUUAGUCUCCUCCAUCUUAUCUUCCCACCAGAUAUAGCGAAGCGUUUGUGGCUAGGUGAAACGAUCGAGGCAAAAAAUUAUGCAGACGUUACGAUGCUUUUUAGUGAUAUUGUUGGCUUCACAGCUAUUUGCUCAACAGCUACACCAAUGAUGGUCAUUAAUAUGCUUCAAAAUCUUUAUCAACAAUUUGAUUCAUACUGCGGACAACUUGAUAUCUACAAAGUGGAAACAAUUGGAGAUGCUUACUGUGUAGCGUGUGGCUUACACAGAAACACAAAUACUCAUGCACAACAAAUUGCAUGGAUGGCAUUAAAAAUGAUUGAAACUUGUAGUGAACACUCCACUCACGAUGGCAAACCAAUAAAGAUGAGAAUAGGGAUCCAUACGGGAAUGGUAUUAGCUGGUGUUGUUGGUAAAAAAAUGCCUAGGUAUUGUCUUUUUGGUCACAAUGUAACUGUGGCAAAUAAAUUUGAAUCAACAAGUGAACCACUUAGAAUCAAUGUCAGCCCUACUACGUAUAAAUUUUUAAUUGAAGAGCCAGGAUUUGUGCUAGAACGUAGAUCUAAAGAAAAUUUACCAAAGGAGAUGUCACGUAAUACAGAAGGUACUUGUCAUUUCUUAAACAAUUACAAACAUCCAAAUAUUGAUAAAUAUGAACCAUUGGAUCUACACAUACAAGCAGCUUUAAAUGAUCUUGGAAUCAUUAGUACUACAUAAACUCAGUUAUAUAUUCAUUAUUAUUAGAAAUUACA